AUGGAACAAGAAAGAUGGUCCUUUAUGAUUAUAUGCAGAGAUUUCAAGCCACACAUGCUCAUGGUCUUAGUCCAGGUGGGUUAUAGCAUCUUAUAUCUCAUCACUGAAGCCUCCUUCAAUCAUGGGAUGAGCCCUUAUGUCUAUGUAACCUAUCGACAUACUCUGGCUGCUGUUUUCUUGUUUCCUUUUGCAUACUUUCUCGAGAGAAAUGCAAGACCAAAGCUGACAUUUUAUCUUUUCAUGGAAAUUUUUGUGCUUUCUCUGUUAGGGGUUAGUUUGACAAUUAAUAUGCACUUUGCAAGCCUGAAAUACACAAAUCCAACCUUUGUUGUAGCAAUGCUCAACACCAUACCUACCCUUACCUUCAUUAUUGCAGUGGUACUCAGGUUUGAGGUUCUUGAUCUUCGAAAUCCUAGAGGGAUAGCAAAAGUUUUAGGGACCUUGAUCUCCCUAGCUGGUGCUUUGAUCAUGACACUAUACAAAGGACCUAUUAUGAGAAAUUUAUGGCGUCCUCUAAUCCAUAUGUCAGGAAAAAGUGCUGCUAUCAAUGAGAACUGGUUAAAAGGUUCACUUCUUACAGUUUCAAGCUGUGUCACAUGGUCUAUAUGGUACAUUAUGCAGGCAGCCACUUUGAAGAGAUACCCUGCCCAAUUGUCACUCGCCACGUGGAUGUGCGUUGUUGGAUCAGCACAAUCAGCUGUUUUCACAGUUAUAGCAGAACAGAACCGUUCAGCGUGGAUUAUAGGGCUCAACAUUGAUUUGUGGUCCACAAUAUAUGGUGGAAUUGUCGUUGCUGGUUUGAUAAUGUGUGUUCUAUUAUGGUGCAACGAGAAAAAAGGGCCAGUUUUUGUCACAAUGUUUAACCCUCUUUCUACUAUGUUAGUGGCAUUUGUAGCCUACUUUGUCCUUGGACAGAAACUUUAUUUGGGCAGCAUCGUAGGAGCAUUGGCAGUCAUCAUUGGUCUGUACUUGCUUCUGUGGGGCAAAAGUGAGCAAGAGAUUUCCCAGUGCAGUACUGAAGAAACAGAAUGCAGAAUAUAACCAAAUACACAUCCAAGUAAUCAUGUGGGAAGAGGCCGUGUCAAAGAGAAGAAGCUCGAUUGAACUCCAGUGAAGCUAGCUGGCAAUUCCAGAAGACCCGCGCUGAGCCCAUAUUCUAUCUCGCUCAGCGCAGUAGAUCCAGGGCGUUGGGAAGGUUGACAUCGCGCUGAGCGUGCUCAACCUCUCGCCAGGCGCGUUCAGUUAUGCGCCCGGCACGUACCAUUUCGCGCUGAGCGCGUCACUUAAAGAAUUGCGUGGCUUGAUAUAACUUUUGGCUGAGCACGAAAGGAAGGGGUCUUUGGAAGGGGAGACGAAGGGAGAACAGAACGAGGUCGAAGGAGAGAAGCUAGGGCUCAUAUUUUUGACCAUUGUUUCUCAUUGGUUUUCUUCCAUUCUUCCUCUUUUGAUGUAUCUUGCUAUUCUCAUGGACAUGGAUUGCUAAAAACCUCUUUGUUGGGGUUAGAUGUAGCCAACUUGACUCUCAUGUAACUUGUUGAAUAUAUAUUUAUCUAUUUCCUUCA